AUGAUUUCUUUCGAGAACUGGAAAUCAAUGCUGAUUUAUUCUCAAUGGAUUGGUGGGACACUUGGCGUGAUUUUCAACCUGUUCCUCAUCCUUCUCAUAAUCUACCGUUCCCCACAACACCUCGGCGUGUAUAAAUAUCUCAUGAUGUACAUUUCAAUCGUCCAAACAGUUUUCUCUAUAUUGGAUGUUAUCAGCAAAUCUAUCACAUUUUCGUACGGUUCGGUUUUUAUGGGAUUUCGUUAUUUCAAACAUUCCAAUAUUGGUAGAGCCCAAGGCUUUCACCUACUUUCUGUACAUGGUGGCACCUUUGGGGCAAUCAUAUCUUUAUUCGGCGUUCACUUUGUUUAUAGAUAUGGUGUGGUGGAUUUAGCGUUUCGAAAGCGAUUUCUUUCGGGUUGGAAGUUAGUUCUAAUAUUCUUGACCCCAAUUUUGGCAUUUAUUUGGUGGACAUCUGUAGUGUUAUUAUGUUUCGGUCCGAGCUCUGAAUCUGAUUCACUAAUGAGAAUCUCUCUCUUACAAGGUUGUGACACUCGAAUUGAGGAUAUAUCAUAUUUUAUUGUCCAAUACCACUCACUAAGCGAAUUCAAUCAACUUUCGCCAGUUUGGUCCACAUUCUUUGGCAUGGCGUGUAUUUGGAUCAUCACAUCCUCCUCAAUAUUCUGUGUUGUUUAUUUUGGAAUCAAGUGUUAUGUGAAAAUAACCAAGGCAUUGAAGAACUCAAAAAUGUCUUCCUUUUACACAAAAUCCAUUCAACAUCAACUGUUUGUCGCGCUCGUUUUUCAAACACUCAUCCCCUUAAUUCUAAUGUAUGGGCCUGCUGGAAUCCUCUUCUCUUGUCCAAUGCUAAAUAUUGAAGUUGGUGUCUGGAGUAGUUUUGUUUCAGCGACAAUUGUCAUUUAUCCAGCUGUGGACCCAUUGCCAACUAUGUUUAUUGUGGAGAGUUAUCGAAAAACUAUACUUUGUAAGUGA